CACGUCUCAGCAUGGAGCACUUUAGGGAUCCUGCCCACCCUUUGAAGAUCGCCUCAAAUCUGGUCUCUCCUGGUCACUUCCUCUUCCAUACUAAACCAAAACCAUCGGGGCCACCGGCUUCCAAAAUUCCACAGAAAAUGGACAAAUCUCAGCAGCCCAGUUCCUUCCAGCAGCUGGAAAAGCUCGGUGAAGGCACUUACGCUACAGUCUUUAAAGGGCGCAAUCGCCAAACCGGUGAAAUGGUGGCGCUGAAGGAAAUUCACUUAGAUUCGGAGGAGGGGACACCAUCGACUGCAAUCCGUGAGAUCUCGCUCAUGAAGGAGCUGAAGCAUGAGAGUAUUGUCUCGCUCUACGAUGUCAUCCACACGGAAAACAAACUCAUGCUUGUUUUUGAGUUUAUGGACAGAGAUUUGAAGAAAUAUAUGGACACUCGCGGUGAUCGUGGACAGCUGGAUCCUGCCACGGUCAAGUCCUUCAUGCACCAGCUACUCAAGGGUAUCGCCUUCUGCCAUGACAACCGAGUCCUCCACCGCGAUCUGAAGCCACAGAACCUCCUGAUCAACAAGAAGGGUCAGCUCAAGCUGGGUGACUUUGGACUGGCUCGCGCAUUCGGCAUCCCAGUUAAUACCUUCUCCAACGAAGUCGUCACUCUAUGGUACCGCGCACCGGACGUCCUCCUCGGGAGUCGCACCUACAACACCAGCAUUGACAUCUGGUCCGCUGGCUGCAUCAUGGCAGAGAUGUACACGGGUCGUCCGCUUUUCCCCGGAACAACCAACGAGGAUCAAUUGAUCAAGAUCUUCCGUUUGAUGGGCACACCAUCCGAACGUACAUGGCCCGGCAUCUCGCAGCUACCAGAAUACAAGUCCGACUUCCAGAUCUACGCCACACAGGAUCUGUCGCUGAUCAUCCCGCAAAUGGAUGCUAUCGGGAUGGAUCUGUUGAACCGUAUGCUCCAACUCCGUCCGGAGAUGCGCAUCAGCGCCAACGAGGCCCUGCAGCACCCGUGGUUCCAUGAUCUGCCUCAGAUCCAGGCUAAAUUGCAGCAGCAACACCAGCAGCAGCAGAUGGCUGGAUAUGGAGGCAUGGUCCCCCCGCAGCCCGCUUAUUAGCGAUCUAGACUGCACAUGACGAGAUGACGAGCUCGAUUAGACAAUUGGACAUGGGAGAAUUCGGCGUUAUACCCGAUGAUGAAUAUUUUUGCUUCCCCCUUUUUUUUCCUUCUUUAAACUUGAUAUUGCGAAUAUUGGGCCAGUUUUGUCAAUGAUGAGGAGCAUCUAGCCUGCUAGGAGAUGGAUUGACUUGGGAACAUUGUUCUGUUGUCUCGAUGCUCUGGAGCAGCGCUCCAGAUGUUAUCAGCCUUCUGCCUGUCUUUUAAAUAGCUAUUUCUCGAGAAAUUCAUUCUGUGAUCCACCUCAA